AUGGGGCACACGGGGGUGCACCGGCUGAUAGGGACCUCUUCCUCCAACAUCUCGCUGCUGGCCACGAUCCUCGCCGUCAUCCUGCCAGGCACAUACCUGCUGCUGCGGUACCUCAGCGCAAAAAUCGGGCCCAAAUCCCUCGCAAACACGCCGCCGCUCCCGCCGCCCACGCGCAUCGUCGACCUCCGCAUCUACCCCAUCAAGUCCUGCCGCGGCUUCUCAGUCCCCUCUGCAAAACUGCUCAAAGCAGGCCUCGACCUCGACCGCAACUGGAUGUUCGUGACAGCCGCCGACCACAAAUUCCUCACCAUCCGCACAAACCCCAAAAUGACACUGAUCGAGACAUCCUUCGACGCGGACAACGACACCCUCCGCAUCAGCAUCAAGAACCACCCCGCCAGCGCCGGCAUCGCCAUCCCCGCGCACCCGACCCGCGCCUGGCUGAACGCAAACACGACGCCCUGCGCCGCCGAGAUCUGGUCCCAGGAGACGGACGCCUGGGCGUACGCCUCGGAGCUGACGCAGCCGCUCGCCGCCUUCCUGGCCCUGGAUGUCCGCCUCGUCUAUAAGGGCCCGACGCCUCGCGUGCUCCGCGGCAGCGGCGCUCCUGACCGCCUCGGCCGCACUGCGGAUACCCGCUUCGCGGACAUGAUGCCCGUGCUCGUGGGCUCGCGCGCGAGUCUGGCCGAGCUGAACCAGCGGCUUCAGAGCGAGGGCGAGGCCGAGAUCGGCAUCGAGCGGUUCCGGCCGAACGUUGUUGUCGAGGGCGGCGAGCCGUGGAACGAGGACGUGUGGAAGACGCUAAGGAUUUCUGGCGCUGGUGCCACAUUAGUGCUCGAUGUCGCGUGCCGCUGCCUGCGCUGCCAGGUCCCGAAUGUGGACCCCGAGACGGCGGAGAAGCAUCCGCGCCAGCCGUGGAAGCUGCUCACGUCGUAUCGGCGCAUCGAUCGCGGCUUGAAGGGCAAGCCGGCGUUUGGCAUGCUGUGCGUGCCGCGGGAGGAGGGGACCGUCGAGGUGGGUAUGUGCUUGGAGGUUUUGGAGACGACACAUGAUCACUUUUUUGUUAGUCCGAUGAAGUAGUUAGUGGUGGUGGAUGAGGGGGGAAGAGGAUGGCUCUGCUUGGGUGCAUGCGUUGGGGUGGGGUUUGUUUGUUGGAGAUGUCAGUUUCAUGAAAAUACUAGAUCUUUCGUACUUAAGUUGGGAAAGAUUCUAUCUACUCUCUAAAGAGCUUGGGAAACUUGUGUCAUUUGUGGUUUACGUCGAGAGCAAACGCAAGUGAGUUCCUUAAACGGGAUGUUGUUGCACCUCAACAGCCUCACUCCCUAAAUCAGGCAUGUUUGCACGCAAAGAUGUGUUGUGAAGCUGGGCGCGAGGAAUUGGACGCCGCUUGUCCUUCUAGAUUACUGUUACCUAUGGAGGUAUAUAUGCUGCUAUCUAAAAGAA